AUGGCGGCAGAUGGUGGAACGACCGGAUCGUUUUCGAAAGCGGACCGUCGCGAUCAGGGGAGAGAUCCUGGGAGCAGAGCGCAGGCACGACCAGCAGAGGAGUUGCUGGUCAGACACCUGGAAAUGCAGUCAAAGAGAGCGAUGAGGAAUAAACAGCGAGGAUCGGAUAUUAAGUAUAUAAAAAGGAAAAUUAGCGAUAAUAAGGAGAGGACGAGGAAACGCAAAGGCACGGAGGAGCGAAAAGGAAAAAUAAAUCCCACUGCGGUGGCACCACAAGGCGAUGAAGUCGACCGAAACGGGCCGGCACUUAUCUAA